CUGGGUGGCGCCGCCGUGCGGCUCACUAGGUGGCGCCGUGCGGCUCGCUGGCUACAGUAGAAGAAGAGGAGAGCUUUGUCCUUCCGGUCAGACCUCACGGUCGUAAACAUGUCUCUGAUGAAGCUGUGCGCGCCACGCAUCGUGUUUUCACGGUGCGUGUUCGCGGCCCCGCUCCACACGCAGCCUCCCCGGCUGAACUCCAACAGGACGUCGGUGGUGCGCUGCAGCCGCCAGAAGUACGAGCGACUGUUCCCGGUGGCGCUGGUCCGGCCCGACGGGUCUACGGUCAACAUCCGGUACCGGGAGCCCAGACGCAUCCUCAUGGUCAGUGUUCACCGGUGUGACGUCCUACUGCAGAUGCCAGUGGAUCUGUCCACGCUGUCUGAGGAGGAGCGUCGAGCCAGACAGAAGAAGAGGGAAGUGAAGAAGACAAAAAAGCAGACAGCCGUCCUGUACGAAGACGACUUCAAAGUGGACACAUACAGCCAAUUCUGGAAAAAGAAAUGACUUCUGUGUGUAUGUUAAAUAAAUGGUGCAAACAUCCGA